GGGGGGGGUGGGGGGGGGGGGCGGUGGCAGCACGCUCGGUUGUGUGUGAGUGAGUGAGUGUGUGUGAGUGAGUGCCAUGGCCGGAGCCCGCUGAGAGUGACAAUAGGAGCCAGCCGGAGCGCGACCCCGACGCCCACCGGGACCCCCCCUCUCACCUGAGCCGGCCGCCGGCGGAAGAGGCCCUUCCCUUCCCCUCGCAGCACCGCCGCGCCGCCUGCCCGGCCUUAACCCCCCACCCCCCCCCACCCCUCUCCCUUCCACGGCCGCCCGCACCGCGCCCGCCGCUCCCCCUCGGCUCGGCCCGCACUCGGCUCCCCUCGCACCCCCCCCACCCCCCCACCCCCCCCCCCCACCAAACACACACACACACACGCACGGAGCCUCCUCAGGGCCGCUCCGCCGGGAAUGUGAGGCAGCAGCCAUCGCAGCCAGCGGGCCGCGCCGAGUGCAUGGGACUGAGCGGAGCUCGAGCAGCCGCCCGCUCCUGAACCCGCCGCCAACGCCGCCCUGCGCUGGGGAGGCCGCCAACGCCGCCGAGGCCUACAGGCUCCUGCGCCGCCGCCGCCGCGGCAGGGACCGAGACCGGCGCGUAUCGCACUCGGGCCGCCGCCGCCGCCAGGCAUCGGCCGCGCUCCGCCAAGCCCGGCUCACGCCGCCGCCGCCUUCCCUCCCGUCUCCGGCUUCUCUACCAGGAGGGUCAAGUAGGGAUAUGUCCUCAGCACCAACUACUCCUCCAUCAGUGGAUAAAGUAGACGGAUUUUCUCGGAAGUCCGUCAGAAAAGCCAGACAGAAGAGGUCACAAAGCUCCUCCCAGUUUAGGUCUCAGGGCAAGCCUAUCGAGUUAACUCCCCUGCCUCUGCUAAAAGACGUUCCAUCUUCAGAGCAGCCUGAACUGUUCCUAAAGAAACUUCAACAGUGCUGUGUCAUUUUUGACUUCAUGGACACGCUUUCAGACCUUAAAAUGAAAGAAUACAAGCGCUCCACUCUUAAUGAACUGGUGGACUACAUUACAAUAAGCAGAGGCUGUUUGACAGAGCAGACUUACCCUGAAGUAGUUAGAAUGGUAUCUUGCAAUAUCUUCAGAACUCUCCCACCUAGUGACAGCAAUGAAUUUGAUCCAGAAGAAGAUGAACCCACCUUGGAGGCAUCCUGGCCCCAUUUACAGCUUGUAUAUGAGUUUUUCAUACGAUUUUUGGAAAGCCAAGAAUUUCAGCCCAGCAUUGCCAAAAAGUACAUAGAUCAGAAAUUUGUAUUGCAGCUGUUGGAGUUGUUUGACAGUGAAGACCCUCGAGAACGAGACUACCUAAAAACAGUCUUGCACAGAAUUUAUGGCAAGUUUCUGGGUCUUAGAGCAUUUAUCCGAAAACAGAUUAAUAAUAUUUUUCUACGAUUUGUUUAUGAAACUGAACACUUCAAUGGUGUAGCUGAACUGUUGGAAAUUUUAGGGAGUAUUAUCAAUGGGUUUGCUUUACCUCUUAAGGCAGAGCAUAAACAGUUUCUGGUGAAGGUGCUGAUCCCUUUACAUACUGUCAGGAGUUUAUCACUCUUCCAUGCACAGCUGGCGUAUUGCAUAGUACAGUUUCUGGAGAAAGACCCCUCACUCACAGAACCAGUCAUUAGGGGUUUAAUGAAAUUCUGGCCAAAAACCUGCAGUCAGAAAGAGGUCAUGUUCCUAGGAGAGCUGGAGGAAAUCUUGGAUGUAAUUGAACCAUCACAAUUUGUCAAAAUCCAGGAACCCUUGUUUAAACAAAUUGCCAAGUGUGUUUCUAGCCCUCAUUUUCAGGUGGCUGAAAGAGCACUGUAUUAUUGGAAUAACGAAUACAUCAUGAGUUUGAUAGAAGAGAAUUCAAAUGUUAUACUUCCCAUCAUGUUUUCCAGCCUUUAUAGGAUUUCUAAAGAGCACUGGAAUCCGGCUAUUGUGGCUUUAGUCUACAAUGUGUUGAAGGCAUUUAUGGAAAUGAACAGCACCAUGUUUGACGAGCUGACAGCCACUUACAAGUCAGAUCGUCAGCGUGAGAAGAAGAAAGAGAAAGAGCGUGAAGAACUGUGGAAAAAACUGGAGGAUUUGGAAUUAAAGAGAGGUCUUAGACGUGAUGGAAUAAUUCCAACUUAACAAAAAAACAAAACAGCAUUAUUAACCUGUGGAGUCACACAUUUAUGUAGUAGAAGAUGGAGCAACAGUUUUCUGUAUUGUGCAACUUUACAGUAGAUUUCACAUUUGUUUCAUUAUUACAACAGCACUGUAUAUACCUGUCUCUAAGUAAAGGAAAAAAAUAAGGACUUUAAUCCAAAGUUUGGACAGCAGAUGGACUUCUCAGAACUUUGCAAACAUAAUCAUUGUUUUAACCCUUCUUUAAAUCCAGUCUUCAAAGAUCUGUUGAUGAAAAUUGCGAUGUCAAAUUCCAUUGUCAGGACCUGUUCCUUAUUUAUCGUUAGCAGAGAGUAUAAUACAACUUUCAAAUGUGAACAAUCUUAAAAUUUAGCUUGUCUUUCUGCUAAAAUGUUAAGUGUAUUUAUAGUAAAAGAGAAAAAAGACUGUCAUUUCCUUAUGAGUUUGUGUAACAUCCUCCUUCUCUGGAUAACUUUACUGUAAUUUGACUUUUUUUCCUUUUGCACAUCUUCAUAAGUUGAAUGUCCAUUUAGAUCAGGGCCAUGAAAAGCAUAGGUCCUGAAUAAAAGUUUUGUUUACUGGUGUGAGCAUUUUUGUUAGUACCGGGCAGUCUCUGGUGCUUCCUUAAUUUGAACAUUAGGAGUUAAAAAACAAGUAGGUGAUAAACAUAGUAGGAAAGGGAGCUUUGGAUUCAUGCACCUAUUUAUUGCAAAUCCAAAUGAGUGUCCACAAUCCUUUAAAAACGGGCGGUGGUAACACCCUGGACUUCAGUACCUAACCAGUAUUAGUGAAACGGCAUUGGACACACAUACCGGAGUUGUUUUAGAAAUACUAAUUGCUAAAUUAUUACAGUAUGUUUAUAUUGGACCAUUUCAAAAGAAUAAAGACAGACACUAAACAGUGCAAGCAUGAAAUUGAUCUCCAGUGGAUGUGGAUCUAAUUGGAAAUUGAGUUGAGAUAGCAGUUUGGACUGUUUGGAGUUGUUGCCUUACUUUUUAAUAUGUAUUUAUAAAGUGUUCCAGCAAAAGAGGAUGUAGCCUCUAGGAAACAUACUAUAGUGUUUUUGUGGUUAUAGUACUAUUACUCAUCACAGUACCAGCCCUAUGGUCUUAGCUGGAAAGGAUUCUAGAUAAUAUACUUCUGCAUUCUCAUCUGGAUGCUCAUUCCUAACUACUGUAUUUGUUACCAAAAGUGGUUCUACAAAUGCUACUGAAAAAAAUUCUGGAAAUCCUAAUGUUCUGAGUAUUAAUAAUAAAGUUUAAAAUGCUUUUAUAUCAAAGGUGCAUUGUGACCAAAUUGUUUAAAACAAAAGAAAAAGAAAUACAAAAACAAAGAAGAGGGCUGUAUUAUAAGUAUACAUUAUUGGCUAUCUGCUUUGUAUUUGAAAGUGGAAUCUUACAUCUUUGGUAGGUAAAAUGCUGAUAAGACUUAUGUACAGUAUAUAUUUAGCUAAUGCAGUUGCAUUAUUAUAUACCGAAAGGUAUGUGUUUCAGGAUUUUUCUCCAGGAUGCUUUUGAACUGUUAUAGACAUAUGACAACAGUGAAUUGAUAAUCCUAAACCAUCAAUCCAGCAGUAUUUACAGUAUAAAACUGAAUUGGUGUUCAUGAGUCUUUGUGAUAGUUGCAAACAUGAAUUUAUGACCUGUUGCAUUGGUAGAAAUACAGUAUAAACACAAGCUUGUAUAUUUUUCUUCCUACCAUUUAAAUAUACAGUAGGAUUUGAAGUUUUCUUGUUUUCAGGCACGGAAAAGAGUUAAAAAAGAAUUCCCUCCUAGACUACUGACUGUUUCAGGAUUAUCAGGUCACAGUUUGUACUCCUGGGUCUGCGCAGACAAAUGUUGUAAACUCAAUGAUUUUGUAAAAACUUGACACUGUUAAUUCUGGGAAAAAAAGUGGAAUUAGUCAUAUGCAACACCAAACACAACAUGGUUUAAUGGGAUUAAUAUGAGCUUCUUUUAAGAACACUGACUGGGACGCAAUGUAAAUUAGGCAGUUACUGUCAUAGUUGAAACAUUUUAUUUUAAAGUGCUGAAGCAAAGGUGCAAGCUUAAAUACUGAAGAUUAAAUAAAUUUAUAACAAAUCAUGUCCCUUAGCCCAUUGAUUUUGACAGUCUUUUAUUUCUGUUACCAAACAAAUACUUGCUAGUGUGAUUUCUGUGUGAAAUGAUCAUGCUUUGCAAGAGGGUGGACUUAAACUCAUGCUCAAAGACUAUGUUCAAUUGUGAAAAACUGAGAUAGAGAGGAGGAAAAGAGAAGAAUGUUUUCCACCUGGUGGAGUAAAACACAACAAUGUGAAAUUAGCAAAAGCACCUUGUCCUAUACUUAGAGUUUAGGUGAGUGUUGUUUGUUCAUAACUAUUUUUGGUUUUGACAUGACAUUCUGGUAUUGAUCAUACAAAACUGAUGAGAACCUGAUGGGUUGCAAUAUUUUGUUACCUCUGAUGUUACCUCUAAUGUGGGGAUAGUGGGGAGUAUCUAAAGUUUAUAGAUGAUUUAUCACUUCCGAGAAGGAAUGUUUCUUUAAAGUGAAUGAGACAAUGUGAUAUUAGUCACUUGACUCUAAAAGUCUGGUAUGACAGUAGGUUGCACUGUGCGAUGUACGUGAAGAAGCACUUGCCACAAUGAUACGACCGUACCCCCGGGAUCCGCUGUUUGCCGCAAUCCAAAUGCGAUGUCCUGCCACUCUGCAGAGCUCCCUUGGUAUCAGUUGGAGUUGUAGGCAAAGAAGAAGGCAGCAUAUGGGCCCAAGUGUGAUCAGUGCGUCUCUUUAAUUAUGCUUUCGUUUGCUUCUUGAGUUCCAGAAACUACCUUUAUUUGUGUAAAUGUUUUGAUUAACUGCUUGUGCAGCAGUUGUUGGGUGGUCACUCAUGUCCUGUACCAUAUUGGUUUCAGGAGAAAGGAUUGAAUGCUCUCUGGUAAAAGCAAAGAGCUGCGUUUUGAAUAAUAGGGCAUUGCAUCAGGUCAUGGGGAUAAAACAACUGUAAAAGUAAAGUUCCUCUCAUAUACUUUAAAUUGAGCACACAUUGCUUUCUUCGUCUUGCCAGUCUCCCUUAUUGUUUUCCUUUCAUUGCUUUUGAGUGUUUUUUGUCUCUCUUCCAAAGGUUGGAAUGCUUUAAAUACAAGUAUUCUAAUGCCAUUGGAGUGUUCACUAGCAGGGUUACAGUAAAUUUAAUCUUGGUUUUGUUAGGAGAAAUGAAAUUAUUUAAUUUAUUUUUUUUAUCUCCUCCUAUAUAUGGAAAAAUAGAGGGUGUUGGAGCCAAGAAUUGCUUGAGUAAGAAAUACAGCAGCUGUACUUACAUUAUACGUGCAUAAGUACAGCCUCAGGCUCUCUCACUCUAUGGAAAGGAAAACAUAUUAGGAGCUUUAAAAACCUUUUUGUUGUUUUGUGAGGAGGACGAGGAGAGACUAGAUUUUUCUCCCCCUAGAUAAAACUGAAAUAAUUCGCUUUUAGUUCUGUCUUGGAGAACAAAGAUGGCCUUUUCUCUUAGUUGUGUAACAAUAUCAUCACAAAGCAGUUGCCCUGAAAUGAUAAAAAGGUGACAAUGCGCAAGAUUGAAGAAUGUUUUUAUUUACAUCUGGCUUUUUUAUUUUGACUCACUUGCUUCCCAUAGCAGCUCUGUAGUGAGCCACAAAUUAGUUUUUCAAGUUGAUAUGUGCAGCAGAUUUUGUAUAGCCCAGUUUUUCAUUUUGAAGUCUAUGAAACAGUAUCUUGAAAUGGAAUGGAACUAAUUUUGAUUGAAAACUUUUAUCCAAGUGUUGCUUCCCAUCCACAGAAGCAUACACUUUUUAUCAUGACCUCUCUGAAUACAAGUUUUUGUUAUUUGGAUCACUUACUGUAAAUAUGUUGUAUUCAUAACCUCAUGUAACGAUGAGGAGUUUUCAAAUAUAAAUAGUAUCGAUACAUUUCUUGUUGUUGUCCUAUUUUUGAUUGUAGUAUAGCGAAUGACCUGUCAUGCUUUUUGUUUAAAGGUUAGCAUUAGAUUCAUAGAUCUUAAUAUUUUAGCAUUUCAUUGUUUAAGCAGGAGAGGGCAGCAAAAGUUCAUUUUUCCCCAUAGGAAUGCUCUGGUCCAUUACUGUUUUUAAACUUGGAUGCAUUUAACUAUCAGUGGGUAGGGGGGAAAAAUGAAACAUUUUUUAUAUAUAUUAAAAGGUGCAUAUGAAAAUAUAUAGACUGGUCCAACCAGACUGUGAAAAUGUCUUCUACUCUACAUCAAAGUAAUAAUAAAAGAAAAAUACCUUCCACCUCUGGAUAAAAUACAAGCAAGUCUUAAGCUCUUGGAUUCAAAUGUCAUUCUUUGGAAAUAGUUUACUUUCUUAAAAAUGGUAUCAAGAAACUCAAACUCAAUGGUGCUCCCAGCUAUAAAUGUGUAAUCCUCCUCUUUUGCACAUGCUCAAGAGGCUCUGUACUGUGGGUGCAUCUAAAUAAAGAAGCAAUGAAGUGUU